AUGAUUACACCAGUUUUUACAAUUACACAAGACCCGAAUCUUGUCAUAAUCGUUAUUAAAACUCCUUAUAUAAAGGUAUCGGAUAUCGAACUUUACUGUGAAGGUUCGGACUUUACCUUCUAUGCAAAACCAUAUUAUUUAAGGCUUCAUUUUCCCGGCAAUUUGGUGGAUGAUGAUCGAGUUAAUGCCUCGUAUGAUAUUGCAGCUGGUGAAAUGAAUAUAAAGAUACCAAAGGAAACUCCUGGAGAGGAAUUCCCAGAUUUAGAUUUAUUGACCAAACUUUUAGCUCCAAAAAGUGUUAAGAAAAUUGAAAAGCCUUUAAUUGAAGUUAUUGAAGGCGAUAAUGAUGAUGAUAUUAAUCAUGAAAAUACUAAUGAGUUGAAUGGGCUACUUGAAAUGGAAAUUGAACAAAGGCUUGAUGAAGAUCAUAAUGAUGAUUUUUUAAUACGGGAAUUAAAUAGUAAAACCAAUAAUAAUCAUGAUGAAAAACAAAGAUCCAAACCUUUAAUUCAAGAAAUAUUUGAUGGAGAAAUCAACGAUGAAAAUGAGGCUAAACGAAUUUAUAAUUUGUUAGAGGAAGCUAAUGCUUAUAAUUGGGAGUUACCGCAACAGGUUUCUCAUGAAAGGGAAUUGCUAUCUACAGCAAAAUACGGAUUCAAUGGACUUUAUUCAGAAUAUUUCACGCAUGUACAGGAAACAUGUAAUGAAAUAAUAGAUAUAACAAAUCCAGAGAAAUCUACACCAGAAUCGCGUCGUAAGGACCGAAUUAAGGCUGAGAACAGCAAAUUUGAUCCAGAUCACUAUAUAGCCGACUUUAUGAGUGCGGAAGAAAUUAAAUACCUCAUUAAAUCAAAGACUUUAUGGUGGAAAGAAUUUAAAAGAUUACAAAACAAUAAUAAUAAUAGUAAACGUGAAGCUACUGUCAAUGAAACAGUCUCAACAGUAGAAAAACAGGACGCUUCGGCGCCAGUAACAACAACAAAUGACGAAACCAAUGAUGUUUUAACUGUAUUCAAAUUCACCGAAAAAGAAAACAUGAUUAUGCGGAAUUUGCCAAAUAAGCAAUAUCUACUUGAGAAUGUAGAAUCAAUUUAUUAUGGUUUAGUCGAUUUGUUGUUUGCCUAUAGUUAUAAUCAUAGGGUCUUUGAAGGAGAAAACACUGUUGAAUCGGCAUGGAUCAUAGGUAAAAUAAGUCCGACAAUAUCUUGUCUUGAGCAAUUUAACAGUUUAGAAGAGAUAAUGAAAACAUUAUAUAGACGAUCGUUAGCUUAUCCAUUGCGUAGAAAUUAUGAGCUUACCGAAAAAUGUCAAGAUGAUGUUUAUGUCCUUCUUAAAUUAGGAAGACGUGUUAUUUUAAAAGUUUUAUUGGAAUUAAAAGAUUUAUUCGACCAUCAUGAUGUUUAUUAUAUAUAUUCAAAAAUAUGGUUAGAUGACUAUUGCAUUUGGUGUCAAACAAAGGCCAGUGACAAAAUUAUUCGUUCUUUGGCACAUAAACUACAUCAUUAUAAAGUUUUAAAAUCUGAUAUUGGAUGGCAUUUAGAAGAAUAUGAACAAUUAGCAUUAGAAGAUGCACAAGAACAAGCAAUAAAUUUAAACUAA